CAGCGAGUAUAAUGGUGCCAUAAGUAUCAGAUGAUCAAAAUAACCUUGGAGUGUGUGCCUGAAUGAUCUCAGUCAUACAAUGCUCACUACAUCUCACUGCAAAGAAUAAUUGUUGCCCCCUCUCCUUCCCUUUCUUGUUGCUUCUUUCUCAUCAUUUCAACCAUCUAUUUCCCUCUUCUAUUUAUCAAUCUGUCAAUAAUAUGGCAACAAUGCAAAUAAACAGAGGCGGUGAGUGGAAGGAAAGUUGCCAUAGGAAUCUCUUUCUUUGCCCACCCCCUUGGGCGCCGGUGGCUCCCAGAUCUCCUCGUAUCUUCGGUGGUCCAUCCACUGCCCCUUAGACUUCUCUCUUCUGCGGCUUGGGUCUCGGAGGAACCAAGCAUAGCUGCAGAUCGGCAAGUGGUUAUCUAUCACUCCAGAACUCAGCAAGCCCUUCGCCGCCGGUCCUCCAAAACUCGCCGCCCCCAUGUUCCUAGCCGUACGUUCAAGCUCCCCUGACAUCAACCGAGGAAUCCUUCCUCUGCGGCUCUGCCGGUGACUGAGGGCCUUUGAACAAGACCCCACCCUCACCCCUCAAACGGGCCAUGGUUUGGUCACGUGGGUGAGAUUUUUAACAACCCAAAGGACAAUAUGGAAUGGUCCAGUCGUGACUCGUGAGCCAUCUUCUUCUCCUGUGAUUGAAUCGAUUUCCAUCUUAGGAGCUCCGCCCCGAGAUACUGUGGUCGGUUCCUCCCUUUAUCCCGGCACCUCCAUCCCCCUUCCUCUUCGGGGCGAAAAGGGUUUUGCCAAGAGCUUUUGCCAAUCCAAAGGUUAGAACGGCCCUCCGGUCGAUGCUGCUGACCCCAGCAAGGGGCACAACACAAGAGUGCUCCUGAAAACAUUCUCUACAUUGAGUGCGGCCACGCAGUGAGCAGAUAGCUGAGACAACAUCGAGGUGUGUGCCCAGAUAUUCUCAACCAUUUUAUGCUUACCAUGCGACCGCACCUACUGCAGAGAAUAACCGCUCGCUCUCACAAAUUUGAUCGCAAGGGCUAGCUCUGCCCCAAUCUCGGUGCCAUCAUUGCCGUGAGCUCCUGCAUAUUGGGCUUAUUUUGAUCUUCUAGAGGUUUUGAGUUUUGUUUUCCAUUUGUAUCAUCUUCCGAUUUCCCUAGAUUUACGGAGGUGCAAGGGUAGGACAUUGUUUUUGUUGUGAAGUUUUCUCCAUUUUCUUGGAUAGGCCAUUGGUUUUUUUGUGAAGUUUUCUCCAUUUUCUUCUUAAUUUAUCCUUCUUCGUUCUUUGUUAUUCUUUCAUCUAUCUUUCUUUCCUUGCAUAUUCCAUCGUGCUUCCCUCUUUCCCUCCAGGAAUCCUCCAUGCUCUUAAAUGACAUAUGGUGUUUAUAAGGAGAGUUGAUGUUUCAUAUAGCCACACUGGAUGGGGGUUUUUCAACAAAAACACUGGAUAGGGUUGGGGCUUGAUCUUAUUUUUACUAUAAAAUGCCCAAAUCCAACCUAAAGGAGAUCAUACUUUUAUAUAUCAUGCCUUCAACAAACAGCAUAACUCAACCUUCUGACAACAACUCAGGUAUGUCAGGUAAUCAAACUGAGAACCCUAUCUUAAGGAGGCCAGAUUCAGUUCUUCCAUUGGCUUCACGUCACCAAUAUCCAGAGAGAACUUCUGACAUUGAGAAAGGUUCAGCUGAACUUGUUUUAUUGGCUUUGAACACGACAAGAAGCGAGGAGCCUAAUACAACUACUGAAAAUUCUGAUCAACAAAUAAGUCAUGCCAAUGCCAUACAACUGGGGAACUCUCAAGUGAAUCCUUUAGAACAUCACAUUUCUGAGCGAGAAGAAGUUGAUCGCAAGACAACUACAACGACUGUUGCAGGUGUGGCGAUUGGAGUCUCAGUAGCAGGGGUAUUUGGUAUUGGGCAACUGUUUCGUGGGAAGCAAGUCACCCAUCGUUCACCUCUCUGCCUUUUAACAGCCUCACUGUUGUUGAUGUUCACAUCUUUCAUUACUGGAAUGUUCCUAUUUGUAUUCUCAAGAACCCAGAGGAGCUUCCAGAACAUGUCUCGCAUCAUUCAAUUUCUCCUCUGGUCCGCAGCAAUUUCAACCACAUUGGGUGUACUCAUGGUAGCCCUGUAUAUAGGUUUGGAAGGACUGUGAAUCUCUAAAUCAGAAUGUAUUCAAUAAAUCUCAAUACGGAUAUAUAUAUUUUCAUAUGUGUUAAAUAUUAAAACAAAAGCUUGAUUUAAAGCUCUA